AUGCUUUCCGAUGAUUUGCAUGAGAAGUUGCAGAAUAUCGAAUAUGAGGAAGAUUUACCGAAUGCAAUUAUAGUCACCAAUGUACCAGUUGAGGUAUUUUCGAUCGACCAACAGAAGGCUAAUUUCUCUGAUUUGUUCACCCAGAUCGAAUCCGGUUGUCACUUCGAUUUUCUGCGAAGUUUUCGACGGGUUCGAAUUAUUUUCGAAAAACCAGAAAGUGCAACCGCUGCAAAGCUGCUCACACAACAUUUAUCGUUCAAUGGAACAAUUUUAAAAUCAUUUUUCGCUCAGAGAAUUCGAUUGCGGGAUGCAUCUGAUGACGGGUUACUGAAAUUACCGCCGUUGGAGAAACAAUUCUUGAUUUCACCACCAGCUUCACCACCGGUUGGUUGGGAACAAAGUCACGAAAUGGCCCCAGUUGUAUGCAAUUUCGACUUAAUGGCAAAACUUGCUGCACUUACUGUUGACGACACCUUCGAGGCUUGUUUUUCCUUUUUCCUCGUUGAUGUGUAUGAAGGUGACGAAGAUAAACCAAAAAUUGUGAUACAUCCAGCGAACGAGGAAGGGAAUGUUGUGCCCGCCCAAUCAAUGAUGCCUAAGACCCCACGACCACUGGGCACACCUCGAUCUGUAAGGAAAGAUCACACUUGA